GAGCACCGCCUAAGUUGCUUAUUCACAUUUUCGUAUGUGUAUGUGUGUGUAGGAAUACGCGCGCGAAUAGUUGACAUUUAUUGAACGAGUUCAAAUCAUUUGUUUAUGUGAUUCCUGUUGUAUCGCUACACCUAACCUUUACAUUGUGGUCGUCUUUAUUUAUUGCAACAAAAUGAACUAUUUAGCAACUAACUUAUUGAUCGAAUCUCUAACGCUCAAUCUGGCGUCCUACAAACCGGGUCUCAAAAACAUCGACACUUUUACCAUGAACCAGAUAGAAAAGCUGAUGAAAAAACUGGAACUAUUCCUAGCCACUAGCAAUCUUGUUCAAUGCGAAGAAGAUGAAUUGCAAAGGGAUAAGAUUAUGAUGAGUUUUUAUCAGCAACCGGAUACGGUACGUUGCCGGCAUUGUAAUGAAAGCUUCUCCGAAAAUGUAGCAUCAACGCAGCACAUCCAAAACAAUGAAGAAAACGAGCAAAAACCCAAACUCAAAGCAAUUUCCGUGAACAAUCCGGUAGCCGAACCGAAGAAAACCGAACUCAUAGAAAUCCCUGCGAACGAUCCUGAAAAGAGACUGAAAACCGAAAUCGUAGAAAUCCCCCAGAACGUUACUCAGACGAAACCGAUAGGCAAUGAUCGCAAUGACACUCUUGCAAAUGAUCGCAAAAACAUACAGAUUGAGAACCAUACCAAUGCUAACACUGAGAUUAGUGCUAAAAAGAUGCCGAAACAAAAAGAAAUUAAGCCACAAGUAAACUAUAUGAAAAGAAGAUGCUUGCCGAGACUGAAUUUUAAGAUGAGCAAAGAUAUGAAGAAUUUCUUUAAGCAAGACAUCAUGACGGUUCUUGAAAUGGCUGUGGCGGAGAGCGAUAAAGUUAAAAGCGCUGUUGAGAACAAAAAGGUGCAGGAACAGUUGGUAGAAUGCCUAAAGCCGCACUACCCAGCAGUCAAAUGCUAUCCGUUUGGGUCUCGCGUCAUCGGGACUGGUUCUUAUACGAGUGAUCUGGACAUUUUCGUCGAUCUGCAAGAAGUGUACUAUGGGCGAAACGAUAAGCCCGGCUUGGAAAGUAUAACGGAAUCGAUCCUGAAGGUAGAGAAAAUCCUAAAAAAUACAAAGCAGUGGACUAUCGACGAAAUCAUCCUGAAUUCACGCGUACCGUUGCUGAAAGUCAUCAAUCACCGCUUCAAUAUGAAAUGUGAUUUAACGUUCAGCAAUGGAUUGGCGCACCGAAACUCAUUAUUGUUGGAGUACUUGUUAAAUUUACAACCCUCAAGUCGUAUGUUGGUGUGCUAUCUGAAGAAAUGGAACCGAGAAAAAUAUCUGAAUGGGUAUACUAUCUCACUGAUGGUAAUUUAUUUCUUACAAUUGAUGGGUUGGCUGCCAAAUGUGUCAACACUUCAGGUAGAUCCACAAAAUGACGUCAUUAUAGAUGGUUGGAAUGCGGGAUUUGCGACGCCGACCUUAGAAGAAUUGAACCACAAAUCGAAACCAUUUGAAAUAAUAGUCUUAGUAGAAGAAUUCUUUCACUUUUACGGUUUUUAUGCCAACUUUAUCGUACUCGAAAUUGAAGUGAUUAGCCCAUUUCAUGUGGAGUCUUGUAGUGUAAAAACUCUUUUGAAGAGUGAUUUCGAGUCGCCUCAUUACUCUAAAGUACCAUCCCAAUUUAAACGGUUGAAGCAGUACUUGCUAAAACAUAAAAAUGACACAAAUCCUAGACACCAAUUUGCUUACAAUAGGCCACUUGUCGUACAGGAUCCAUUCGAGCUUUCUCACAACGUAGCAAAAGGUAUUUCCCCCGAGAUGGCCGGACGGAUAAUACGUUUAUUUGAAAUGAGCGAACGAAAAAUAAAAUAUCAUGUAUACGGGAUGGAAUAUUUCUUACCCAAGGAAGAGAUAUGGUAAUAUUUUAAACCUUGGGAAAUAUCUCGCUUUUAUUUAAUAAUAUCUUUUCAUUUACAAACCUCAACUUUGAUAUCUCUUAAAAGAAGCUUCGCUGUUAACAUUCUCACUUCAGCACAUUCGACUGAUAAGGCCAUGCUUCUAAAGAUUCUCUAUGUAGCUUAGUUUUACAUCGCUGCAUGCACCCGAACUCUGAUGGGCUGCAUCUAAGCCUGUCUCAAAAUUCACUGCAUUCCUCAAGUUGUCCAAU